AUGGGUCAGUCACAUUCCAAGGGUAACUCUGGCCCUGGCGAGUCAUUGCAGUCCUAUCCGUCUUUCUCUCGCUCCGACACCAAGGAGUCCCUCCGGUCUCUUAGGGGCUCCAUUCGAUCGAAGAUCCGUAGUAGCGACAGCCCUCGGGCAUCCACCUCGGCUUUGUCUCAAACGGAAAGCCAUACUGAUAGGUCAGAUGCCGGGUCGGUUAGGUCCACCGGGAGUCGUCGCAGCUCAACCAAUCUCAGCACAGCUGCUGACUGCUCUACUUCUCGGUUGGAUGCUCCCGAACCUCCUCCCUCCCCGUCAUUGUCGACCAGCUUGAAGCGAGGCCAUCAGGAUGUGAAUGAAAUGCAGCGGAGUGGUGAGGUCGACCAUGUGUCCGAUGCUCCUCCUACGGGCGCUGGCCCUUCCGGGUCAUCGCAGACUGUCGGCGAAUCAAUUCUUAUCAAACGAGAGGGUCAACUGAAUCCGAUCCUGGACUUCAUCAUGAAUACUCCGUUGGAAGCUUCCUCAUCGCCGGGAAUGGGAAUGGGUGCUCUAAAGUCCAUUGACUUGGAUGAUAUGAUCACUCGUCUUCUUGACGCCGGCUACUCGACCAAGAUAACCAAGACCGUGUGCCUUAAGAACGCAGAGAUAACGGCCAUUUGUGCCGCAGCGCGAGAGCUUUUCCUGAACCAGCCCGCGCUACUCGAGCUUUCGGCUCCCGUGAAAAUCGUUGGGGAUGUGCAUGGCCAGUACACCGACCUUAUCAGACUGUUCGAGAUGUGUGGAUUCCCCCCAACGUCCAACUAUCUCUUCUUGGGUGACUAUGUGGACCGUGGUAAGCAAAGCUUGGAGACUAUCCUUCUCCUGCUGUGCUAUAAACUCAAAUACCCGGAGAACUUCUUUCUUCUUCGCGGUAACCACGAAUGUGCCAACGUUACUCGUGUGUACGGCUUCUAUGACGAGUGUAAGCGGCGUUGCAACAUCAAGGUUUGGAAAACAUUUGUCGACACAUUCAACUGUCUGCCCAUUGCUUCGAUCGUAGCUGGCAAGAUCUUCUGCGUUCAUGGCGGUCUCUCCCCAAGUCUCUCACACAUGGAUGAUAUUCGUGGAAUCGCUCGCCCAACCGAUGUACCCGAUUACGGCUUGCUGAAUGACCUUCUCUGGAGUGAUCCAGCAGAUAUGGACGAAGACUGGGAGCCGAAUGAGCGCGGGGUGAGUUAUUGCUUUGGAAAGAAGGUAAUUAUGGAGUUCCUACAACGACAUGACUUCGAUUUGGUGUGUCGGGCGCACAUGGUGGUUGAAGAUGGGUAUGAAUUUUACCAGGAUCGAAUUCUAGUGACAGUGUUCUCUGCCCCCAACUUCGCGAAGUACUGCGGCGAAUUUGAUAAUUGGGGUGCUAUAAUGUCGGUUUCCGGUGAAUUGCUGUGUAGUUUUGAGUUGCUGAAACCGUUGGACUCGACGGCUCUGAAGAACCAUAUCAAGAAGGGCCGGAACAAGCGGAACAGCAUGUUGAGCAGUCCACCUGCAACCGUGUCGGCGCAAAGUUAUUAA